UUUUUUUUUUUAAUUUUCGGCUCUUGGAGUAUUUUGGACCACCGUGGAUAGGCAGCGUGCCACUUCCGUCUUCUCUCUCUCUUAACCUCUUUUCCGAUUUUCCGUCUUCUCUCUGUGUGCUGAAUCCACUGCACAACACAAAAUAACCCAAGUCCGACCGCAGCUUCCUAAUCCCUCUCAGUAUAGCCGGAACACGCCGGUUGGAAGCGGUGGCGACCGCCGUAGCUGCCGUGUAACAGGGGAUUCGCUUCCAAUUCUUCCUCCCCAAAUGAAUUUCAUACUUUCUAAUAGACCCAUUUGUUGUUCCUGUCUUCAAUUACCAGCUCCCAAUCAUCUCUUUCACUCUUCUCCAUUUUCCCGGGCGAACCCAAAUCUCCCAAUCUGUUCUCAGAGGAGAUGGCUUCUCAGAACAUCCAGAUUUUGCUCCGUUGGAGAUUUCAAUCUCACGAGCUCCGCCGGAUACGGCGGCUGGGACGACGAUGGACUUGUAAGUGAUUCGGAUCAUUUCCGUAAUUUUUUGGUUUCCGUUGGCAUCGAUCAUAAGAGACAUUUGUUCACAUUUCUCUUUGGGUUUUUAUGUGCUCUGGCCAUUUCCAGAGUUAAAGUCUCUUCCAUCGCUGUUUUUCCUGCUUCUGUUUUCAUUUUUGCUAUUGGAUUUUCUAUUGGGUUUGUUCGUGGUGGAAGUUUAGAUGAGCUGAACUUGCUUGGAAAUAAGAACCGGGAGAAAUUAGAGGAAACUUCUGGGUUUUACGCUGAGAAUUUAAGAAAUUUGGUGGAGUUCUUUGAUGGAUUUGCAGUCAAAGUGGAUAAUUUGAAAUGUAGUAUACGGAAUGCUAUUGAUUCUAGGGAAAUUACACUUCGUGACUUGGAAAGUUACAUCAAGGUUUUAGAAUCCAACGAUUUAUCAACCUCCAAUGCUAGAAAGGUUGUUGAGGCCUUGGUUAAUAGUGGAAGCAACUCUAAAGCUGUGAUUGUUGAGAAUCAUAAACCAAGUAGAAAAAUUAAAGACUUAGGAGAUGUGGGGUUUGAGCUUUUGCAAUCCUUUGGCAGUUUGCUUGGAGAAAAGUUGGUUGGUUCAAAGCCUAGUAAAGUGAGGAACAAUGUUAAGCCACAGAUGCCACUCAAUUCCAUCAGCAAUCAGACUAAAAGGAGUUCGACACCGUCUGAAGUCAGUUCUGGUUCUAUGGAUUCUGCUACUGGUUUUAAUCCACCUACGAAUUUUGAUGCUUUUGAGGAAUCAAGGAAAAAGCAUGCUAUGGAGAUGGAUUAUUUUGCAAGGAUUAAUGUUACUCGAGAGAAGGAUAGAAUAAAUUCAAAGGGAAUCCAUGGAAGCUCUGAAAGAUUCACUGAUGGUGAAGAAUAUGGCUACCAGAAUAAUAGAUUGCAGAACUGGGACAAUUACAUCAAUAUUUCUAACACAGGUCUUAACAACAAACUAGAGAAUUCACGAUUUAAGGAUAGUUUGCUUGAUCCCCCCAUGGACACAAGUUUUAAAAGAAAACAUAUGGAGACUAGAACUUCCUUUGUUGAAGAGCGUGGAUAUGAGGGGGAAAAUGGAGCUUUUAGGUCUUCUCACAUGUCAAAGAGCGAAAGUGAAAUUUAUAGAUCUCAGUUUAGAGAGGAGGGAGCAAGUAAAAAGAGAAGUUCUCAUUUGACUGAUGAUCAACCAUGUGGAGAAGAGAAUGAGUUUGCUUCGUCAUCAUCUUCGAUGAUUUAUGAUGAUGCAAUGUUCAAUAAAUAUCUUAUGGAAGCUAAUGAUCUUCUGAAACAAGCAAAGGAUUUGAUGAAAUAUAGACGAGAUGAAGAGCACGUGGAGGUCAUAUUAUGUCAGUCUGCUAGUUUGUUGUCAAAAGCCACAACUAUGAAGCCGAUGAGUUUGUUGGCAGUUGGCCAGUUGGGAAAUACUUAUCUUCUUCAUGGAGAAUUGAAGUUAAGAAUUAGUCGCGAGUUAAGAAAACUUUUGGGUGGAAAAGAGCCCAUAUCAAUUGGGAAAUGGAUCGAUAUGGUGGAGGAACUAGAUGAUUCGAUUACUGGAAGAGAUAAAUUAACAUCUAUUCUAAUUAGUGUGUGUGAAGAGUGUGAAGAACUUCUUGUGAUGGCAGGUAGAAAGUAUAGAAUGGCAUUAUCAAUUGACCGGAAUGAUGUGCGAGCGCUAUAUAACUGGGGUCUUGCCCUCUCCUUUCGCGCACAGUUGAUCGCAGAUGUUGGACCUGAAGCAGCUUUUGAUGCUGACAAGGUUUUCUUGGCUGCCAUUGAUAAAUUUGAUGCAAUGAUGUCAAGAGGCAAUAUUUAUGCACCCGAUGCUUUGUUCAGAUGGGCAAUGACAUUGCAGCAACGAUCUCGGCUAAGGCCGUCCAAUAGCAAAGAGAAGACUAAGUUGCUGCUGCAGGCAAGACGGUUGUACGAGGAUUCACUUGACAUGGACUCCAACAAUCUUCAAGUAAGAGAAGCCUUAAUGUCCUGCAUAUCUGAGCUCCAGUUCGAGCAGUACUAAAAAUUUUGAGAGAAGGAUCUAGCUGUUUUUUUUAAUGCUAUUGAAUCUUUCAUAACACCUCUGAUCUUUGCUUUGCUACCCAUCUGAAAAAGAAAAUCCCAAUAGAAAACAGUAAUAAUAACGAAUGCCACUACUUGAAAUGCUGCGGAGGCAUUACCAAUUCGGAAAAGCUCUUGAGAUAUUUUGCUGCUGGAAGCGAAUUUACAUCAGGCCCCAAAUAAAGUGAGCAAAACAACUGAACUGAGUUAAAAACACAGACCCCAUGUAGAUGGCGCUGUUAUUGUUUCAGCUCAAGAUUAGGCAAACUCUUGUCGGGCGUCCAACUUGUUUUUAACACAUUGAUUUCAAACGAUCGCGAAAAGCCUUCAACAUCAACAUGGAUGCAAACGUGACUAUGCCAACAAAACCUUCAACAUAUAUAUAUGGGACACGACGUGAAAUCGCCUGAAGAUAGCACACAGCAGCCUCGACUCCUUCCCCGACUAUAAUCAGAAUCAUCAUCCGAGGAAGAUGAGUAAAAUGAAGAACGUGAUGACAUUGCUGAUUCUUCUUUUUUUUUUUUGUUCAUGUAAUGUUGUAGCUCCCUGUUCGUUCAAGAGACCCUAAUUAAGAGGGACCCUGUUUGUUUUGAAAUUUGGACUUGCUCUUUUUCAUUCCUAGAUAGACUCUAUUUUUCCUAUAAACUGAAGUUACCAGCCUUGUCCAAAUAAA